CUCCAUCUCAGGGUUGGCUCUGGAGGAAGAUUUACGCGGAAACGAAGAGGAAGCAGACCGAACUUCUUACACACGUUGGACCGUGUUACCUACUCGCUUUCGACAGUCUCGGCAGGUUUAUUUCAAUACAAGUGACCUGCCGCCUGCCUGCCCUUUUUAGUUCAAGGAGAGGCUGCGAAAGACGAAUCCACAAAGGCACAAACUGGCUUUUGAUGAUUAAAGGGGAAAAUUCUAGUCUCAGCAAGAUAACUGGGUCACGCACAACAAUACAAGCCAGGAAACAUGCUUCAGGAUAUUCAGGCAAUGGGCUCACAUGCCAAGGAUAUCUAUGACUAUGUCUUGGCAGGACUGGAUUCCAGGCUGACGGGGUAUCCACUCAUGGGGAAACCUGGUCCCAUGAGUACAAUAUUGCUGUGCUACCUGUUCUUUGUACUGUACCUGGGACCUCGUAUAAUGGCCAAUCGCAAGCCCUUCCAGCUUAAGGAAGCCAUGAUAGUCUACAACUUCAUGCUUGUGGCACUGUCAAUAUUCAUUGUCUAUGAAUUCCUUAUGUCUGGUUGGGCCACAACCUAUACCUGGCGAUGCGACCCAAUCGAUACCUCUGACAGCCCGCAAGCACUGCGAAUGAUCCGAGUGGCUUGGCUGUUCUGGUUCUCCAAGAUUAUUGAGCUCAUGGACACAAUCUUCUUCGUGUUGAGGAAAAAGCACGGCCAAAUCACCUUCCUGCACAUCUUCCACCACUCCUUCAUGCCUUGGACCUGGUGGUGGGGAAUUGGUUACGCUCCUGGUGGAAUGGGAUCCUUCCAUGCCAUGGUGAACUCAACCGUCCACAUCAUCAUGUAUUUCUACUACGGCCUUGCUGCUGCUGGACCACGCUUCCAGAAGUUUUUGUGGUGGAAGAAGUACAUGACUGCCAUUCAGCUGAUCCAGUUUGUGCUGGUAUCUCUUCAUGCCACCCAGUAUUACUUCAUGGACAGCUGCGACUACCAGUUCCCCAUGGUCCUCCACCUCAUCUGGAUGUACGGCACCUUCUUCUUCGUGCUCUUCUCCAACUUCUGGGUCCAGGCUUAUGUGAAGGGUAAGCGGUUGCCAAAACAGGACGUAAAGCAGUGUCCAAACGGCACAGCACCAGUGUACACGAAUGGCAAGCACCACGAGAACGGCAACAGCAUCAAGAGCGGAUCCACCAACGGCUCCGCUCACCACGAGAACGGCAGCUCUCACAUGGGCAAGAUGAAGAAGGCCUAGGAUCUCUGGAAGGAAACGCCCAAGAAAAAUGACUCUGUGAACCUGUUAAAACUACUACGGAUUCCAAAGAUAAUUUUGGUGGUUUCUUUUCCUGCUUUUUAAUUUUAUAUGCAAAACAGGGGAAAAAUGACGUGGUCGAUGAUUUUCACAGAUGGUUGGUUGGUUUGGUUGGUUGUUUGUUUGUUUGUUUGAGUUGGGGAACAUCUAUGGAACACAAUGUAUGAAGAGAAGAUGUCUUAACCUAAAUUUUAUCUUCACUGAUGUUGCAAACAACCUCCUAGUUCAGUAUCACAUCACACUGGUGGCCUUUCACCUCACUUACCUCACUACUUGUUUUACCCCCAUGUCGUCAUGCCCCUUCCCCCCCCCCCCCACCUACCCCCCCCUAAGGACAGAUGACUGUACAGUUUCUAUCAACUUGAAAAUACUUUUUGUAAAUAGUUUUACAAUACACACACACAAAAACUAAUUGUAAUAGUAUGCUUUAGACUUUUUAAAUUGUGAAUUUAAAGUUAAAAUGUCAAUAAAUUCAAUUUUAAUUA